AGAGGAUCAACUUCGUUUACUGUUUGCUUUUCUAACUUCAAGCAUUCACAGCCCUUCCAGAUGCAAUAGCUUGGACCUUUCUCAUUACCAAAACAAACAGAAGAAAUCUCAACCAUCCAAUCUCCACCAAAUCAAGAUUGGUGGGCCAAGUCAUUGAUCUUUCCACACAUUAGCCAUCUAAUCUACCGGUCUAGAAAACACCACAUUUCAUCCAUAAAAAACCACACUUUUCUUUUUGCCGUCCCCCCACUUUGGAAACACGUACCCCUAAAGUUUAAAAAGAAAUAAAAAGAAACCCCCGAAUCGCCUCAACACUUUCAUCCUCAUCAACCUUCAUGCUCCUUCACUCCCAUUGAACCAAUCUCAGCCGUUGAUCUUUCCCUGAUCCAUGACCCUUAUGUACUUCAUAUCUAGGGUUUCCAUUUCCAACACCACCAUCAUCUCCCGCCACCACCAUGUCUUCCAAGAUCAACGGCAAUGUUUCGCCUCAGCAGUGUCCCCACCUCCUCGACUUCCGCUCUCGCAACGGCUCCAAGCCGUUUCGCGCGCUCCAGGACUGCAUCCGCGUCAAGCCGCCCGGCGGUCGCGCCGCCAUACGGAGGGAACCCUCCGAGGUUCCUGGAUGUGGAACGUGCGAGGAAUCCUCCCGUCCGAGGCUCUAUGCGUGUGUCGCCUGCGCGGCCGUGUUGUGCCACUCGCCUCCACUUCACUCCCACGCGUCGACUCACGCGCUUUCCAACCCCGGUCAUGAGAUCGCCGUCGACGUCGACCGUGCUGAGCUAUUUUGCUGCGUGUGCCGUGAUCAGGUCUACGAUCGCGACUUCGACUCCGCUAUCGUUCUCGCUCAAAGCAUCAACGCCAUCGCCACCGCAACCACCUCCACGUCCGGAGCCACCGCAAUGCAAUGCAACGUUGCCGGAUCUCAACCGGAGAAUCUCCGGAAGCGCCGUCGUGUAGAUUACCGUCCCUGGGCUCCUGAUUCAAGAGAACAUGUCAUCAUCGGAAACCAUUCGAUCCUUCUCCACGACGCGACCAAUGCCUCAUUGAUUUCGUCAACAGAAUUACCUCGGGGAUUACGCGGAUUGAAUAAUUUGGGGAAUACUUGCUUUAUGAGUUCAGUUUUACAAGCAUUGCUCCAUACGCCGCCGUUGCGAAAUUAUUUCUUAAGCGAUCGUCAUAAUAGAUAUUAUUGUCAGCAAAAAAAUGGUGCUUUUAAUGGUACUAAAAAUUCAAUAUUGUGUUUGGCUUGUGACAUGGACGCGAUGUUUUCGGCUGUGUUUUCGGGGGAUCGGACUCCUUAUAGUCCAGCUAAGUUCUUGUACAGUUGGUGGCAACAUGCGGCAAAUUUGGCUAGUUAUGAGCAGCAGGAUGCCCAUGAAUUUUUCAUUUCCGUGCUUGAUGGAAUUCAUGAAAAGGUGGAGAAGGAUAAAACGAAGUCACGGAGUCCAGGCAGUGGAGAGUGUUGCAUUGCACAUAGAGUUUUUUCUGGUAUUCUGCGAUCUGAUGUCAUGUGUAUGGCUUGUGGUUUCACAUCAACAACAUAUGACCCAUGUGUGGACAUCUCCCUGGACUUGGAACCAAACCAAGGAGGUUCUGGGAAGUCUUCAUCCGCAAAAUCCCACAGUUCUUGCAAUGUUGAGGCAGAUUGCAAGGGUUCAAACCAAAACUGUGGGAUAUCUACCUUAAAGGGUUGCUUAGAACGAUUCACAAGAGCUGAGAAGUUGGGCUCUGACCAGAAAUUUUUCUGCCAAAAGUGUCGGGUGAGACAAGAGUCUCUUAAGCAGAUGUCCAUCAGAAAACUUCCAUUGGUUUCGUGCUUUCAUAUUAAAAGAUUUGAACAUUCUUCAAUACGAAAGAUGUCAAGGAAGGUUGACCGAUAUCUGCAGUUCCCAUUCUCAUUGGACAUGGCUCCUUAUCUCUCUUCCUCCAUUUUGAGGAAUAGAUUUGGAAACAGAAUCUUCCCUUUUGAUGGAGAUGAACAGGAUGCGUCCAAUGAGUUAUCAUCGGAAUUUGAGUUGUUUGCUGUUGUUACACACACAGGUAGAUUAGAUGCUGGCCAUUAUGUGACUUAUUUGAGAUUAAGUAACCAAUGGUAUAAGUGUGAUGAUGCUUGGAUUACUAGAGUUAAUGAUAGCAUUGUCAGAGCUGCACAAGGAUACAUGAUGUUUUAUGUACAGAAGAUGCUAUACUAUAAAGCAAGUGAAAAACAAGCUGCCUCAUGAUAUGAUGUUCAGAGGUAAGAAUUUGGUUUUCGAUUCAAAUCAUGUAGGGCACAAGGUGGGCAACAUCAUUUGAAGUUGUGGUUAAUAUGGAAUUACACAUCAGAUGUCAUGGCUAGUUUUGUAUCCCAGGAAAACAAGUUUCAUCAAGCUGCUCUGCUCGUUGUUAAGAGAUCAGGCUGCUUGUUCAUUUCAAGCACUUCAAGGGGAAAUUUAUGAUUCUCGAUUGGAGUGUUAAGUGAGCCUAAAUUUUUGAGGCACUCCAAUUUUCAGGAAAAAUCAAAUUUGUGAGGUAUGGAUUCCUUGAAAUGAUUUCUGAAUUUCUUUUUCCUCCUCAUUCAAGUGUUGGCCUAUUGAUUUUUUUUUCUACUAAUCAUUUCCCACAUCACAUGGCAUAUCUAUGCCAACAGACUGAUUUACAAUUAUUGAUUUCAUAAAAGUAAAGUUCUUACUUGGAAAGCACUCACCAUCCCUGAUAUGACCCUGGCUAUUUAUUUAAUAUUUAUCUGAAUGAACAGUACUAAAUUGGAGUACGCAAGAAAAUAAUAAAAAAAGUUAAAUCUAAAACAAUUCUCAUUGCAGGAUCAUCUAUGGCACAUGGAGAGUUGAUAAAUGAUAAACCAGGCACUUGAAACAUAAUGAUAAUUUAAAUAUAAAAAAAAAAUGUACACUGGCUUUAUAUGAACAGUAAUUUUAAACUUGUUAUUCCCCUGUUUUCUGGCUCCGAGUCCUAUUCCAGUUAUCUUUUACUACCAAUUUCUUCUUUAAUGCUGAAUCAAUGAUGUUCUGAUGUAAUGAGGUGCUUGGAUGAUAGACUUUUGUUCGUUUAACUCAUGAUCUCAACCAAGGUAAAAGAUUUUCAUAUUUUUGGAAACGUAGAGGAGUGGCAUAUGGCCAAAAGGUGAUGGUGUCACGCUCCCGUUUAU